AUUGGACAGCGGGUUCUUCAAGAAAAUUGCUUCGUUGCCACUGUUGCAGUAGUCUGUUGGUUGUUGCUGUAGCACUUGAUAACUGUCUGCUUUUAACAGCAGAAGCAAGUUUAGUGAAAAAUUUAUUACACGUAAUUGCAUUUUCCUCAUCUAGUAUUAACCACCUUAAAGCUGUGUUAGUAUUGAUCGAUUUUGACAUCACCUAGGAAUGGCAGGCUAUCCUCAUCACUUUGUCACAGCACAUCUUGGCUACCCUGGGUAUAGUCAUGCAAGUUUCGUGCCUACAUCAAUUCCAAAUCCAGCUACCUCUGUAACACAAUUAUCAGCGGCCCAAGUUAAUGCAGGCUGGGUAGAACAUCAUUCUCAUGAUGGAAGAAAAUACUAUUACAAUACUUACACUCAACAGACCACCUGGGAAAAACCUCAAGAAUUAAAAACCCAGCGAGAAAGAAUACUUUACAAUUGUCCAUGGAAAGAGUUUAAGUCUGAAAACGGCAAAUCUUAUUACUUCAAUGAGAAUACCAAACAGUCAGUUUGGGUCAAACCACAGGAAUUAAUCGACGCUGAAAAUCAAGCAGCAGUGUGUACUCCAGUUGCAAACAAUUCAGUUCCUGAACCACCCAAUAUUAUACCACCGCUUACACCAUGUACACCAGCGACACCAAAAGACGAUGUCAAUAAGCCUCCAGAGCCCUCUGAAAUAGAACGAGCGAUGAAAGCAACUCUUGCGUCUUUUGAAACAUCAGAUACAGUACCGUUAUCAAUACCGAUUCCACUUCCUCCCGAUAAAGGUGAUAGUGAUAAGGACGAAAGUGAUGAAGAAAAGCCUGCGACAAACUCACAUUCGACCACUACCUUUUCCCCAAAUACUCAGACUGUACCGGAAUAUAAAACUAGGGGAGAAAUGGCUGAAGGUCUCAGGAGACUCUUUAGGGACUGUAAUGUCCCAGGUGGAGCAACUUGGGAACAGGCACUGAAACUCAUAUCUGGGGAUCCUAGGUAUGCUAUCUUGCGGACGUUCAACGAAAAAAAGCAGAUAUUCAACGUGUACAAGACCCAAAGAUUAAAAGAAGAACGGGAGGAGCAGAGAAUAAGGAUUAAAAGAGCAAAAGAAGAUCUGGAAAAAUAUCUGUUAAAAUGUAAUAAACUGCAUUCAACUAUGUCAUAUCGCAGGGUAGACCAGCUGCUUUCGGAAACAAAGGAAUGGACUGAUGUCCCAGAUCGUGAUCGCCGUGAGAUAUUUGAUGAUGUCAUGCAGGAAAUUGGCAAACGUGAAAGAGAAGAAGUCAAAACAUUGCGCAAAAGAAAUAUACGGGUGUUCAAUGAAAUUCUUAGCGAAAUGCUUCAUCUCACCUAUCGGACAACGUGGAGUGAAGCGCAACAGAUGUUACUUGAUAAUGAUAGGUUCACUGGAGAUGUCGAUUUGCAGAAUUUAGACAAAGAAGAUGCACUUGUUUGUUUUGAAGAGCAUAUUUGUAUGCUUGAGCAAGAGCAUGAUGAAGAUAAAGAACGUGAGCGUCGUAAACAAAAAAGGGAUCAACGCAAAAAUCGAGAAGCCUUCAUAGUUCUACUUGAUGAAUUACACGAACAAAAACUGCUCACUUCCAUGUCUAUGUGGAAAGAUCUAUACCAUAUAAUAAACAGAGAUGAUCGAUUCCAUAAAAUGCUUGCUCAACGCGGUUCUACUCCACUCGAUUUAUUUAAAUUCUAUGUAGAAGCAUUGAAAGCUCGCUUUCCAGCUGAGAAAAAGAUAAUCAAAGAGAUCUUGAAGUACAGCGGUGCAACAGUUGACGUAUCUGUUUCGUAUGAAGACUUCUGUUCAAUAAUAAAUGCUGAUGAACGCAGUAAAGGAAUUGAUGAUGGCAAUAUGCGUAUGACAUAUGAUAGUCUUUUGGAGAAGGCUCAAGGCCGUGAACGUGAACGUCAAAGAGAUGAUGCUAGACGUAUACGCAAGCUUGAACAAAGUUUCUGUGAAAUGCUAUCUGGUUCCAGUUUCAUUCAAUCAAAUACUAGUUGGGAAGAAGUUCGAGAAAAGUUGAGUGAUCAUCCGGCUUUCAAAGGUUUGUCUUUAGAAUCUGAAAGGAUCCGACUCUUUAAAGAGUAUAUUAUGUCAAUUGACACGUCUUUCAAUGAUGAUGCUCAUCGCUCUCGUAAGGAAAAGCAUCGACAUGAAAGGUCUGCUUCUGCCAGUCAAGACAUUGAAAAGGAAACAGAAGUACCUAAGGAUCAGAAAAAGAAAAAAACUAUUUCUCCUUCUCCUAUUCCUUCAGAAAACAGUCAUACUCGUAAGUCAGAUGAUGAAAGAGGCGGAUCACAAAAACGUAAACAUCGUAAAUCAAAGAAGUCAAAACAUCGUAAAUCAAAACAUCAUAAACAUCAUAAAGGUAAUGAUAAACGUCAAGAUGAUGAAUUAGAAGAAGGAGAAGCUGCAGAUGAUGAUGAUGAAGAUGAUGAACCUACCAAUUUGGAAGCUAAUCAUCGUACAGGUUCUCGCAGUGGUAGUAAACGACAUCGUCGACAUCGACAUGGACGACAUUCUCGAAAUUCUGAUCCUGAAGAUGGGGAAGAGGUAGAUAGUACUAGUGAUGGGGAAUUUUAUGAUCGUGAUUCGAAACGCAAGAAACGCUAGUAUUUUAAGAAAUGAAUGUUAUGAAUUUAGUUUUUCUGCGUGUGUACAUAGUAAAAUAUCUUUUCUUUACGUUAAGUGUUUUUAAUUCUACUAAGGUCUCAUAAUUAACUUAAUUCUCCUUUUGCUAUUGUUAACGUUAUAUUAUUACAGGAUAUUUUAUAUUCUUCAUUUGUCGAUGAUUUAGGAUUGCAGGGUUUGUAUUUGCAGUGUAAAAGCGUCAACCGUCCUUAUCUUUUAAUGCUCUCUACCAUCAUCCCGUUAGUGAGGCUGUAGUAAACAAGAAUGAAUCUACAAUUCAUAUUCGCAUGGGAGACGACUGGAACACCGGGUGGUAUACUUCGAGGAACAAUUCAGUUGGUCUCCAACUACUAUUCUUUUGUCCCCUAUCCAAUCAGGUCAUGAAUGGAAAACUAUGACAGCCCCUCCCCCCAACUCCUUGUAGAAGUUGAGAAGGUUGUUAGUAAUUUGAAACGAUGAAGAUGAGCAAGACCAGAUAAAAUGGUAUCAAACGUAUUUAUGAAUGAUUCAAGGAUUUUAACUAGAUAUCUGAAGUGUUAGGAACGGGACGAAAUCCCCAACCAGGAAGUUUACACCUCGCAUGUGGGUCUCUGACCAUUGGUCUAAGCCAUGUAGGAAGGUGCAGACCCCCUGAAUGGGGUCCUCAACAUAAUAGCUAUCAAUGGUAGGAGAUUCUUGGUGACGGCUGAGAAUCUAUCUCAGUGGUGCAGAUACAAUCUCUCUGACGUCUUAGGUUUAAACAUUU